GCAACACUCUGCCAGUGUGGAUGUGAAACUUUUCUCUACCUAUUCAUUAUGUACGAGUCAUCUGACCAGUAAUUUUAAGAUUAGGGGCAAUGGGUGCAACACCAAGUCGCUAUGAAGAUCUCUCCAAGAAUGUACACCUGGGAAGAUUCUGUGGAAGACAAAGCAUACCAACGAAUGAUUCAUUUUGGAGUACAUUUCUAUCUUAUAAUAUACGACCACCUAUUACGAGGAAUGAUCAGAUAGAAUUGGAUUCUCGUUUGGAUUCAUCGUGUCAACAAUUACUUGUUAAUAAUUUGAUUACUGGCAAUUUUGGUACUCUGAUACAAAUAGCUUUGAUACGCAUCAAUGAGUUAUUAGCACCUGUACAGAAUCAAAAUAUAAUAUCGGCAUGGCAAACAUAUAAUGCAUUGUUUGCUGUAAGAUGUAUUUUGAAAUACCUUAUUGAAAUCAUUGGUGAAGAACAAAUGCUAAAUCAUAUUGAAGCACCACAAACAGCAAAUGAUGCACUUCCUUCUUAUAGAUUAGCAUAUUUUAUUGAAGCAUUGAUUGAACUUAUUACGGAUGUACCUUUAUGUGAAUUUACAUAUGUUGUUCACUUGGAGGCGAUUAAUUGUUUACUUGUGUUGCUCUCGGUGCAAUUAUUUUCUCAAACUGCAGCCGAAUACAGCACAGUAUAUAGGAUAGCGAUGCACGCGCAUCUGAACCAACAUGCACCUGCUAUGGUGUGUACACUGUUGCACAAUUUUAUUCAACAGGAACACGCUCCCCCGGGAUUACUGACGCAACAGUCGGGGGGUAGUAUUGUAUUUAGUAUUGCUGCUGGGUUGUGGAAUGUAAUAAGAAUGGGCAUAGGUAGUAGUUCGAAAAAUAUACAGGUUACACAUAAUGGCACUGCUGAAGAUGAAGAGAAAAAACGCGAUACGGAAACUCCGCUCGCUAGUCAAUCCCUAUUACUUUUACUGGUUCUGACGAAUCACUGUACUGCUACACAAAAUCCAUAUAGGAACGCGCUUUUCUCUUUUAUAGAUAUGCAAGAAGAUCAUACUAUAUCGCAAGGGAAAGCAGUUGAUACCUUUAAAUUUAAUUUAAAUAAAUUAUAUAAUACCAUUUGUAAAAUACCAAAUACAGACGAAGUCACGCUUCUUCUUUACAUGUUGUUACAUAGAAACUCGAGUGUAAAACAAGAUAUAAUGAGAAGGCCUGACAUACAAUUAUUGGUAACUCCAAUAUUACAAAUAUUAUAUCAUGCGCCAAAUAAUACAUCCCAUCAUAUUUAUAUGUCUCUUAUUAUCUUGCUAAUUUUAAGCGAAGAUGAAACGUUUAACAAACGAAUACAUGAAAUUAUGCUUAAAGGUGUAACAUGGUAUACUGAGAGAUCCAUAAGCGAAAUAUCGUUAGGUGGUCUUUUAAUUCUUGUAGUGAUUCGCACGAUACAAUAUAAUAUGUUUAAAAUGAGAGACAAAUAUCUUCACACAAAUUGUCUGGCAGCCUUAGCAAACAUGUCUGCCCAAUUCACAUCUUUACAUCCUUACGUUAGUCAGAGAUUAUUAAGUCUGUUUGAAACUCUUGCAAAAAAGCAUGCACGAUUAGAAGCAAGAAUUCUAGAAUUAACACAGUCGACAACUCUCCCUUCCAAUAAUAGUGUUGUUCUUGAUGCGACUAUUGAUACGACAAUUAAUAUUCAUACCAAAUCUGGAAAAGUCAAUGCUUCCACUGUUACAAACGAAGAUUUGUGAUAUGUGUUCUUUAAUUUGCGCAAGUGGAUUAAUUAUGAAAUAUCGAUAUACAUAUAUAUAUAUAUAUAUAUAUGUGUCCUAAUCGAAAAUUUUUUUAAUAUAAUUUAGGUAAUUAAUUUUUUCUCUUAUAAAUUGGAACAAAAAGAUCAAUCACAAUUAGGUGUUAGUCAAGUAUUAUCCACUAUACGGCAAGGUACUUUAGAAUGGCCAAGAGAUCGUUUAAGAAAAUUCCCAGAAUUGAAAUUCAAAUAUGUAGAAGAAGAACAACCGGAAGAAUUUUUCAUUCCUUACGUGUGGAGUGUCGUUUGUCAAGGAGCGUUAUUACAUUGGAAUGCGGAGAAUAUAAAAUUAUUUUCUCCUAAUAAUGGCGAAGCAACCAUCAUUGUUUGCUGAUACUGAGAUGAGGGGUGCAUUCUGCUAUAAAUAUUCAAAGCGACGACACAAGUUAAUAAAAGCAAAACUUAAUAAAUUUAUAAUAGAAAUCGUCAAAAAC